AGUGGUGUUCUAAAAGCCCCUUUGAGUAGGGAUGAGUUAGUGUCUGGCAUGCUGUGGUGGAAAACAUAGUUCUAGGUUCAGGAGAAAGUGAUACCCAAACCUAUAUGAGAUAAAGCAAAUCCCAGAAUGGUGAGCUUGCUUGUGGGGAUCUCAGUAGCAGGGGAAGUCUUGUGUUUAGAACAAGAGUAGACGUGCAAGAGAUAUGACUUAAGCAGAUUUGUGCUGAAAUGAGUGAGAACACUUUUAUAGAAAAUUUCAGUUUAGCAUAUGUAGCUCUUUCCCAAGGGCUUUUUACUCAGAUUGGGGAAAAAGACACAACAAAACAAAACAGUUAACUUUCCCCUUCAACACUAUACAGCACAUCCUAAAUGAAACAUGACUUUCUGAGUUACAAGCUGCUGCCCCUGGCAAAGAGGCUGGUUGUAAGUGCAUAAUCUCAAUGUGUGCCCUGAAAUUAAUGUUCUGUGGGCGCUCCAGGUUUGUGUGACAUACUGUAAGUUAUAUCCAACCCAACUGUUCUUCUAACUGCCUGCAUUAAGUAUCAUGAAAUGAGUUCCCCUGAAAGGAACCAUCUGAAUAAAGCAGCUUUUAUGCCUUUAUAACUCCUUACUGCAUGACCCCAGGUCACCACUGUCGGUAUUAGGAGCUUUCUCUCCCACUUUUCACUCUUCUUGCCUUUAAUGGACGGACAGAAUCCACAUCAGGCUCUCUCUCAGCUUCCAGGUGCUGGCAAAUGGUACUGCCAUUCCCGUUGUGGGGGAAGGAGGCAGGCACUGGCCUCUCUCUCCAUCAUGUGUCUUCUCUUCCCAGGAUGUCAACUGGAGAAAGGUCACAGUCAGAGCUGCCCACCCCACAGAGUUUGUUUUUUCCAGAUUCAUUAAAAUGCUGCUUUCAUCUUUCCCUUGGAUUUUUACUUUUCAAAACACUUUCCGUUGUGCGGCCUCAUUUUAUUUUAUAUUGAGAUGACAACCUAACAUCUCACCAAGUAUCAACUGGGAAUACAAUUCUGCCCUCACUGUGCUGUGCCAUCUUGCCAAGUUCUGUUUUUGUUACUCAGCUUUCAUUCAGAAAGGAAUUAAUUUGAGUUAUAUGAUGCCACGGUUGUCUCCUUAAAGAAGGCUAGAUGCUUGCACAUCUUGGGAAAGUAUCUGUGAAUGUACUUGAAUCUUCUAGAUUAGGUGCCAUUCCUCUUCUCUCUCCUUUCCCUCUCACAUCAUCAUAGGGUCCCCUCAUGUUAGAAUUAAAUCUUCCUAUUUUGCCUGUCCCUUCUCAGUGGGAUUUUACUGAAGGGGCCCUUGCUUUCUGUCUUUAUUUCCUUUCACCUGAGAGAAGCUGAUGCAAGGGAAAAGGCAUUUUUGAGUCUAAACAUAAGGCUACUGCCGUAAGAGAAGAGAAUUUUUAUACUGCAGAAGAUGCCCAGGUGUUAGUUUACUUCCCCAGGAGGAUUUUGAACAGGCUUGGAUUCAGAAAUGAAAAUUCUUGUUCCAGGGUGUGUUGAUCGAGCAAUAAUGGCAGCAUCAGUGGCCCCAUCACACAGAUGUGGUUCAGAAAGGGUGUUUCCUUUUACAGCAGUGAUUCAGCUCUCGACUUGGCUUUUAAAAUGGUGGAAAAUUUUGAAGAAAUGAGAUUUUUUUCUCUAAAGAUUUUAAUAGGUGCUGACAGAGAGGAGCCAGCAGCACCAGGAUGGUGCUGCUGAAGAGUGAGCAGUUCCUGACAGAGCUGACCAGCCUCUUCCAGAAGUGCCAGUUGUCGGGUAGCGUGUUCAUCACCCUGAAGAAGUAUGGUGGUCGAACUAAACCCAUUCCAAGGGAGGGUUCUGUGGAGGGCUUUGAGCCCUCAGACAACAAGUGUCUGUUAAGAGCUACCGAUGGGAAAAAGAAGAUCAGCACUGUGGUGAGCUCCAAAGAAGUGAAUGAGUUUCAGAUGGCUUAUUCAAGCCUAUUGAGAGCUAACAUGGAUGGGCUGGAGAAGAGGGACAAAAAGAGCCAGAGUAAGAAGAGCAAAGCAGCGCAGUGAAGGGCACCAGAUCUCCCGCUUUCACCAGCUAACCACUGAAUUGCUAUUUUUCCUUUGGUUUUUACUUUUGGCCACAAAGCUGGGUUUCUGAUUCCCCUACAAUAACUGUUUUCAUGUGAGAUUAGGGUCAAUUUUGGAUGGAAGAAGGGCUGUAGUGUUUACAGGGUAGUUACAAGAAGCCAGUUUAUUUUAGAUCUGGCUAAGUGGUCUGUGUUGUGUGGUUGUAUGUUUCUGGGUAAUAGUUUACAGUCUCUGUAGCCAUCUGUGAAGAGCACUGUAUCAUUAAACCUGUAUUUGUCAGCACUGACCAUCCUUUCUUCCUUUUCCCACCCCAUAAAAAGUUUCUGGCAAUAGCUCCUCAUUCUGGAAUGAUGUGAUUAUGAAUAGGCUUUAGGCCCUGUCUUAUGGGUUACUGGAAUUGAAACCUGACAGUUUUAUAAAAAGUUGUGUUAUUUCAUGGGUAUUUUUCCCAA